AACUAACACUGGCGCUCACCUUUCUUCUUUUGUACAUUAUCACUCUUUCCCCGCUAAAGUUUCAGGCAGCGAUUAGGGUUAGGGUUCUGAUUUUCCCUCACUUUCUGGAUUCGUAAUCUGUUAGUUCACCACCGCGAGCUAACUCCAAUUGACAAUGGGAGUUCCGGCGUUCUACCGGUGGUUGGCGGAGAAGUACCCGCUUGUGAUUGUCGACGUCGUGGAAGAAGAGCCCGUCGUGAUAGAUGACGUAUCGAUUCCGGUCGACACCAGUAAACCAAACCCUAAUGGGUUGGAAUACGAUAAUCUGUAUCUCGACAUGAACGGGAUUAUUCACCCCUGUUUCCACCCAGAAGAUAGGCCUUCUCCCUCGACAUUCGACGAGGUAUUCCAGUGCAUGUUUGAUUAUAUUGACAGACUGUUUGUGAUGGUUCGGCCUCGAAAGCUAUUGUACAUGGCUAUUGAUGGUGUUGCCCCCAGGGCAAAAAUGAAUCAACAGCGGUCUCGGCGAUUUAGAGCUGCGAAAGAUGCAUCAGACGCGGCAGCUGAAGAAGAAAGGCUGCGUGAGGAGUUUGAAAUGGAGGGGAGAAAACUUCCUCCAAAACAGCAGUCGCAAGUUGUUGAUUCCAAUGUCAUCACUCCUGGAACUCAAUUUAUGGCUGUUUUGUCAGUAGCAUUGCAGUAUUACAUUCAUCUCAGAUUAAACAACGACCCAGGAUGGAAAAAUGUCAAGGUUAUUCUUUCCGAUGCAAAUGUUCCAGGUGAAGGUGAACACAAAAUUAUGUCUUAUGUUCGUCUUCAAAGAAAUCUUCCUGGUUAUGAUCCAAAUACACGCCAUUGUCUCUAUGGUUUGGAUGCUGAUUUGAUUAUGCUUGCUUUGGCUACCCAUGAAGUUCAUUUUUCAAUUCUUCGAGAGGUUGUAUUCACCCCCGGACAGCAAGACAAAUGCUUCAUAUGUGGUCAGGUGGGUCAUUUAGCAGCAAAUUGUGAAGGUAAGGCGAAACGGAAGGCUGGAGAGUUUGAUGAGAAAGCUGAUGCUGAGGCCAUUCCCAAGAAGCCGUACCAGUUUCUUAACAUCUGGACUCUUAGAGAAUAUUUGGAAUAUGAGAUGAGAAUUCCCAAUACCCAAUUCGAGAUUGAUUUUGAGUGCAUUGUGGAUGAUUUCAUAUUCAUGUGUUUCUUUGUUGGCAACGAUUUCUUACCACACAUGCCCACACUGGAAAUUCGUGAGGGUGCAAUCAAUUUGCUUUUGGCUGUAUACAAGAAAGAAUUUAAGUCAUUGGGUGGAUACCUGACUGAUGGAAGCAAGCCAAAUUUGAGUCGGGUAGAGCAUUUCAUCCAAGCAGUUGGAUCUUAUGAAGAUAAAAUAUUUCAGAAAAGAGCUCGAUUGCAUCAGCGUCAGGCAGACAGAAUAAAGCGUGAAAAAGGGCAAUUAAGAAGAGGAGAUGAUGCAGCGCCUCAAGUGCAACCAGAUUCAUUGGUUCCAGUUUCUCGGUUUCAGGGAUCUCGUCUUGCUUCAGGUCAUACAGCUUCACCCUAUCAACAAUCUGGAAAAUCUAGUGAUCAAGGAAAUCCUCGAAAGGUUGCACGUUUGUCUUCAGAGAUGUCAACUGUCGGUGCUGCUAUUGUUGAAGCUGAGGACAGUCUUGAACUAGAUGAACAUGGAAACAAAGAAGACAUGAAAGCAAAGCUGAAGGAGAUUCUUCGUGAGAAAUCUGAUGCUUUUAACUCUGGAAAUCCCAACGUAGACAAGGUUAAAUUGGGAGAACCUGGAUGGAAAGAUAGGUAUUAUGAAGAGAAGUUUUCUGCAAAAACUCCUGAAGAACGUGAUGCAAUUCGAAAAGAUGUUGUUUUGCGAUACACUGAAGGUCUGUGUUGGGUGAUGCACUAUUAUUAUGAAGGUGUUUGCUCGUGGCAGUGGUUUUACCCCUAUCACUAUGCACCCUUUGCUUCUGAUCUGAAGGACCUUGGUCAGCUAAAUAUAAGUUUCGAUUUGGGCUCUCCUUUUAAACCGUUCAAUCAGCUAUUGGGAGUUUUUCCUGCUGCAAGCUCCCAUGCUCUUCCUGAGCAGUACAGGAAGUUGAUGACUGAUCCAAAUUCACCUCUGAUUGAUUUUUACCCUAUUGACUUUGAAGUGGAUAUGAAUGGGAAGCGGUAUGCAUGGCAGGGUAUUGCAAAGCUGCCUUUUAUUGAUGAAGACCGCCUUCUAUGUGAGGUUGAAAAACUCGAACAUACAUUGACGGAGGAGGAGACAAGGAGAAAUAGUGUGAUGUUCGAGAUGCUUUUUGUGACAUCGUCUCAUCCUCUAUCUGUAAGCAUAUAUUCUCUGGACGAUCGAUGCAAGCAGUUGACAGACAAAGAACGAGUUGAAGUUAAGGAGCAGAUUGAUCCCAAGUACAGGGAUGCAUGCAGUGAAGGGAUGAACGGUUAUUUGUCUCCAUGUACUGGAGAGCCUUGCCCUCCGGUUUUCCGGUCUCCUGUUGAAAGCAUGGAGGAUAUUGUGGACAACCAAGUAAUAUGUGCGAUAUACAGACUACCUGAUGUACAUAAGCAUAUAACUCGACCACCGGCAGGUGUUAUAUUCCCGAAGAAGACUGUUACAGUCGGGGAUCUGAAGCCAUUACCUCCUUUAUGGCAUGAAGACACCGGGCGAAAGCCUUGGCAUGAAGAUUCUGGGCGGAAGCCAUAUGAAAAUUCGAGUUCCAGGCAGAACCCAGGAGCUAUUUCUGGAAGACAGCUCGGGGAAUCGGCACAUCGCCUUGUUGUUAAUAGCUUACAGGCUAAUGGGUAUGGCAAUCAGAUGCAUUCCCAUCGACCAUCUUAUGCCGAGCCUCAGUAUUAUCCAGCACACCCUUCCUAUGCAAAUAACAGAGGCUAUGAUCAGGGACACAAUAGAAUGCCACCACCUAGGGCAAUCCACCAUCCUCAACAUCAACACCGAGCUUCGAAUAUUAGUACAUUCCCAAGUCACGGUGACCGUGGGUAUAAUGUACCGCUUUCUUCGGCAGCUGGCCAUCGCUUUCAGAACAGGUCUCGUACCCAGCACCACGAAAGGAAUUCUGGGCAUGUAUACUACGAAUCAGGAAAUCACCAGAACGAUGGGCCAAUCUACCCUGAGAGACCAAUUCUACAAACUCCACCGGGGGUCAGUGCUGCUCCUUAUCCAGGUGGCUAUAACAACUAUCAGAGUUACCAACCAUCUGGAACGCCUAGCCAUCAUGGUAUUGAUGGCCGGGUUCCACCGGUCAGCCAUAACCCGGGCAGAGGUCAUAGCCGUCCUCAACAAUCCAGAAACCAAUACUCUGGAUUGGACAGAAGAGGAAAUAGGAGACCACCUCCACCCCAGGCUGGGUAUGGCCACAAGUAGGACGAGCUUGUGCUUGUGAUGAAAUUGUUGUACUAUAUUUGGUCGGGCGCCCGCCCCGAAUGGCGAAAAUGGAAGCAGAAGUUAUUUUUCGCUUUGAUUGCCGCUGCAGUUGGCAUUUUAGAGUCAGCAAAGUAGCGGACUACAUGUGGACAGCAGUUUGUAUAAGUUGAUUCCCAGGUAAGAGGAGAGGCUCGAGUUUUUCCAAUUUUUCCCUUUUGCAAUUGAGACUUGUUUUCUCAUUCAUUUUUGGAGUUUAGAAUUAGUGACUUGUUUUCUUGGUCAAGAAUUUGUCUUUGUCCAAUUUUUCCAAAGAUGAAAUGCUAAAAAAAUACUAAGAUUUGUUUGUGAAUUA